GUGAAACCAUUUACUUUUGGGCCGUCGCAUUUCCAAAUCGAAACCGAAUGUUUGCCGAGAUAUAGACAAAAUUAUCAGCUUAAACUACACAAGCUUGUCAUUUUCUUUUUCGCAUUAAGGCGGCAGACCGCGAAAUUCAAACCGCAAAUAUCUCUCAAUGGAUUUUCGUUGAAAUUUCGGCGUUUUUGUUCUUUUUUAGCGCGUAAUUUCUUCAGCGAAUUCUCCUGGUGCGUGGUCUCAGUAGGUUUCAGUACCCGAACCACCAAUCUUGGUUUAAAUCUACUCUAUAGGUUCGGAUCGGUUAGUGAUUUUUUUAAGGAUUUUGCCAGUGAUUUGGAUACUUUUUUCAGCUAUGAUAUCCAUUUGAAAAUGCCGUUCAAAUAGAACGCCAUGAAAAUUCCGAAAUGGCGGUGGAUAACUGGUUCCAAAACUGGCAUCAGCCAUUUGUCUCCAUCCCUUAUUCCCAUCCGCUUAACUAUACCAGGAACCAUGAAGAUUAUUCACAUGAUAAGUCCCUAAGCCCUGUGCGACUUCUGCCGGUAUUAAUGUCAUUAAAUGUGUUAAAGCCCGAAAGGAAAAGCUCACGAAAUAAACAUCAGUAUUCCAACACGUUUUUCAAAGUAGAACCAGACUUAAAAGAACCGUAUCGACACUAUCAGGAUAACGAAGAGUCCAGCGGAGAUCGAUUCUCCAGCAAAUACCAUCCCAAUCCUUUGGGGUUCCCAGACCCAUUUCAUGGGAGAGCAAACGACGACCAAAAAAACCAAACCUAUGAAGAAGAACAUUAUUUGAGGCCCUUGGAAGUGACUGGCCCCUUUAAAACUUGGUACAGAUGGAAAACCAUUGACUUUGCCUACCCGUCGUCUUGGGAUAGAGCGAGGGCGAUUGUAAAGGGCGAUUACAUCGAGGAAAACAACUUACCCUUAGGUAUAGAAGUGUACAAAAACCGAGUGUUUAUUUCGCUGCCUAAAUGGAAAAAAGGAGUUCCAGUGACUUUGGCCCAACUGCCCAGAGUCCCCAAAGAAGAAUCUCCGGCUCUGAUACCGUUCCCAAAUUGGGACUGGCAUUCUGAAAAAAAUUGCGACCUGAUGACAUCAGUGUUCCGCAUGCAAGUCGAUACUUGUGGCCGUCUUUGGGUGCUCGAUUCUGGAAAAAUCUCUAUCACAACUGAGGAAGCCACCCAACAUUGUCCCCCCAAGCUGCUCAUCUUCGACUUGGAAACGGACCAGUUGAUCGAGAAGUACAUUUUCCGCAAAGAAUUCAUCCUCCAAGACGGCCUCUACUCCAACAUCAUCAUCGAUAUCCGGGAGGACAACUGUGCGGAUGCCUAUGCCUACAUGUCGGACGUUUGGAGAUUUGGAAUUGUGGUCUAUCGACUGUUUGAUGGCAAAGCCUGGCGCAUUACCGAUCAUCUCUUCUAUCCAGAUCCUCUAGCUGCUCGGUACAAGUUGCACCAUUUGGAGUUUUACUGGAUGGAUGGCAUCUUUGGCAUGGCCUUGAGCCCUGCAGGGCACGCCUACGAGGACAGAAUGCUCUAUUUUCAUUCAAUGUCUGGAUACCGGGAGUUUUAUGUUAAAGCCUCCUACUUAAGGGAAGAGAAGUCGAAAAGCGAUGGGAAUGCCUUCAAAGUCCUGGGACAGAGUAGAGGCGACCAGGGCCACAUUUCGUCUUCUGUGAUGGACGACAAUGGGAUAAUGUACUUUAAUCUAGUCACGCGCGACUCCAUGGGCUGUUGGGACUCAAGGAAGCCGUACAAGCGAGCUAAUCUGGGCAUAAUUGCUCAGAGUAGGGACACUUUGGUCUUCCCCAAUGACUUAAGAUUGGACCAGGAAAAAAAGCAGAGCAUGUGGGUUUUGACCAACAGACUCCCGUACUAUCUGAUGGAAGGCUUGGAUGCCAGCAUAUAUAAUUUCCGAGUAAUGUCAGCAUAUACAGAUGAUUCCAUCCGGGGCGGCAUAUGUGACCCAGCAAUACAAAACAGCGACACUUUCGUGGAACCCCUCAAUGAUAUUCAUUGUGAUUGAAA